AUGCCUCCAAAGCUCGAUCCCUCUGAGGUGAAAGUCAUCCACCUGCGAACCACAGGUGGUGAGGUCGGAGCACAGUCUGCUCUUGCUCCCAAAAUUGGUCCUCUCGGUCUCUCGCCAAAGAAGAUCGGUGAAGAUAUCGCCAAGGCUACUGGUGACUGGAAAGGUCUUCGCGUCACCGUGAAGCUUACCAUCCAGAACCGUCAAGCUGCCAUCUCGGUCGUGCCCUCCGCCUCCUCUCUUGUCAUCAAGGCUCUCAAGGAACCUCCUCGGGACCGUAAGAAGGAGAAGAACAUCAAGCACUCCAAGUCCAUUCCUCUUGAUGAGAUCAUUGAUAUUGCUCGCAUCAUGAAGGAGCGCAGCUUCGCCAAGGAACUCAAGGGCACCGUACUUGAAAUUCUGGGCACUGCUUUCUCCGUCGGCUGCCAAGUUGACGGACGGUCUCCCAAGGAGAUCAGCGAUGAGAUCAAGGCUGGUGAAAUUGAUAUUCCAUCCGAGUAA